AGAGGCGCAUGGUCUUCCCAAGAGGAAGAGACUGAGCCGUGGAAGGGAUCCAUGCAGGGAGAGCCAAUGUGUCACAAGGAAGCCAGGAUGAAGGAGUCAUGAUGGGAUGGAGCUCAUAAAAGAUUGUGACCAAAGAUUUACCUUGAAGACAACAGAGGGUAGAAAAUCAGCCCAAGGCAGCAACCAAGAGGAACCAUGGAGCCUUGGAAACUCUUUCACCAUUCGCCAAACACAAGCAGCUCUCCACCAAAGGACAAAAAAUCCCAUGAAUGCUUAGAGUGUGGGAAAUCCUUUGCUCUCCAGUCCCUCCUUUUGACCCACAGGAAGGUCCAUGUGGGAAGUGGAUCCAUUCAAGGUUUGGAGGGUGAGAAAUCUUUCUCUGGGAAAAACUCCAAGGAUCUCAGAAUCCCCUCAAGACUAAACCCCUAUAAAUGUGAGGAAUGUGACUUAUGCUUUAGUCAAAAGUCAAGCCUUCUUAGACAUCAGAGAAUCCACACUGGACAGAAACCUUAUCAAUGUCUGGAAUGUGGGAAUUGUUUCCGUGAUAAAGCCACUCUCAGAGGCCAUGAGAGAAUCCACACAGGGGAGAAACCUUACAAGUGUUGGGAAUGUGGGAAGAGCUUUUCUCAGAACUCAGGUCUUUGGUCCCAUGAGAAGACUCAUGCAGGAAUCAAACCAUACAAAUGCUUUGAGUGUGGGAAAUGUUUCACCCAGAGUUCAGGUCUUCAGACUCAUCAGAAAACACACAGAGGGGAGAAAAACGAAAAGUGUCUCGAAUGUGGGAAAUGUUUUACCUUGAAAUCAGGUCUGGUGCAACAUCAGAGACGUCACACUGGAGAGAGACCCUAUGAAUGCCCAGAAUGUGAGAAACGAUUUGUGUCUUCUUAUGAACUUCGGAGACACCAGAAGAUGCACAAAGAGGAGAAACCGUAUCAAUGUGGGGAGUGUGGAAAAAGUUUUAUUAAGCCAGGACAGCUUCAGAUUCAUCAGAGAAUCCACACAGGGGAGAAGCCAUACAAGUGUGGGGAGUGUGGGAAAUGCUUCUCCAGAAAAAACCACCUUGGAAGGCAUCAGAGGGUCCACACAGGAGAGAAGCCCUACAGAUGCAUAGAAUGUGGAAAAUCUUUUGCUCAUAGUGGAGCCCUUUGCAGCCACCAUAAAACCCACACAGGGGAGAAACAACAUCAAUGCAACGAAUGUGAAAGAUUUUAUAGUAGCUCAUCAGCCCUUAGAAGUCAUGUGAAAACUCACACAGGAGAAAAAAACUACAAAUGUUUAGACUGUGGGAAAGUUUUUACUAAGUCAUCUUCUCUUAUAAGUCAUAGCCGAAUCCAUACAGAAGAGAAGCCCCAUAAAUGA